AUGGAGAGAGGAGACAAGGAGAGAGGAGAGGUGACAAGGAGAGAGGAGGAGACAAGGAGAGAGGAGAGGAGACAAGGAGAGAGGAGGAGACAUGGAGAGAGGAGAGGAGACAAGGAGAGAGGAGAGGAGAGGAGAGAGGAGGAGAGAGGAGGAGACAAGAGGAGAGGAGACAAGGAGAGAGGAGAGGUGACAAGGAGAGAGGAGAGGAGACAAGGAGAGAGGAGAGAGGUGACAAGGAGAGAGGAGGAGACAAGGAGAGAGGAGAGGAGACAAGGAGAGAGGAGAGGUGACAAGGAGAGAGGAGGAGACAAGGAGAGAGGAGAGGUGACAAGGAGAGAGGAGGAGACAAGGAGAGAGGAGGAGACAAGGAGAGAGGAGAGGAGACAAGGAGAGAGAGAGGAGACAAGGAGAGAGGAGAGGAGACAAGGAGAGAGGAGAGGUGACAAGGAGAGAGGAGGAGACAAGGAGAGAGGAGAGGACAAGGAGAGAGAGGGACAAGGAGAGAGAGAGGAGACAAGGAGAGAGGAGAGGAGACAAGGAGAGAGGAGAGGUGACAAGGAGAGAGAGGAGAGACAGGAGAGAGGAGAGGAGACAAGGAGAGAGGAGAGACAAGGAGAGAGGAGAGACAAGGAGAGAGGAGGAGACAAGGAGAGAGGAGAGGAGACAAGGAGAGAGGAGAGGUGA